AAUACUUCUGUUUUAUUGGAAAAAUAAUCCGGGUUUUCGAAACUAAUAUAUUAAACUUUUUGCUACGUUUUCUCCCAAACUUGUAUAUUGAACAUUUUUUUUUCUGAAAUAGAUCUCUCUAUUGUCCACCUUUCUCUAUCUCCUACUCGCGGUCGGCUUCCUGCGGCAAUGGCGGUCUCCAUUGUUUCCGGCGUCAAGAUUGCAUCUUUGUCAAAUGCAGGAGGAAACGGCUCUGGUUUUGGAAGAAGCGACAUGAGUGGCGUCAGGAUCAAUUUGGCGGUUUCUCGCCCUCCUCUCUCAUCUCACAGAGCUCUGUUCAGAAUUUCCGGCGCAUCUCAAUCUCUCUUCCCGUUUAACGGUUACCGUGGUAACGGAAGUUGUAAAGCAAUCAGGGCUCUGCCAACUGUUUGUGGAAAUGACAGUUCAUCAAUCAAAUCGUUUAAUCAGUUGAUAGAGUCCUUGAUUGAUCGGGUGGAUCUUUCGGAAUCUGAGGCUGAAGCUUCUCUUGAAUUUUUGCUGAAUGAUGCAAACGAGGCGCUGAUUAGUGCAUUUCUAGUUUUGCUGAGAGCCAAAGGAGAGACAUUUGAAGAAGUUGUAGGGUUGGCGAGGGCAAUGUUCAAGCAUGCCAUAAAAGUGGAAGGACUAGAUGAUGUUGUUGACAUCGUUGGCACAGGUGGUGAUGGAGCUGACACAGUUAACAUAUCCACCGGGGCAUCAAUACUUGCGGCAGCAUGUGGUGCCAAAGUAGCAAAGCAAGGUAAUCGUUCAAGUUCUUCUGCGUGUGGAAGUGCCGAUGUACUAGAGGCACUUGGAGUGGUUAUCGACUUAGACCCAGAGGGAGUUAAAAGAUGUGUUGAAGAAGUGGGGAUCGGUUUUAUGAUGGGUCCAAAAUAUCAUCCAGCAAUGAAGAUCGUCGGUCCUGUCCGGAAAAAGCUGAAAAUAAAAACUGUUUUCAAUAUAUUGGGUCCUAUGUUGAAUCCUGCUCGUGCCUCUUAUGCUGUUGUCGGUGUAUUCCAUGAAAAUCUUGUUCUUAAGAUGGCAAAGGCACUGCAACGAUUUGGCAAGAAAAGAUGUUUGGUUGUUCACUCGGAUGGGCUAGAUGAAAUGAGUCCGCUUGGAGGGGGACUAGUUUAUGAUGUCACCCCCGAAAAGAUUGAGCAAUUCUCAUUUGACCCAUUGGACUUUGGCAUUCCUCGUUGCACCCUGGAAGAUUUGCGUGGUGGAGGUCCUGAAUAUAAUGCCGAUGUACUGAGACGGGUUCUGUCUGGGGGGAAGGGGGCAAUAGCAGAUGCGUUGAUCCUGAACGCGGCUGCGUCUCUUAUGGUUUGCAACCGAGUUAAGACUCUUGCUGAAGGAGUGGCAUUGGCGCGUGAAGUACAAUCAUCUGGAAGAGCAAUCAAGACGCUGGAUUCAUGGAUUCAGACCUCUAACUCGGUUCUGAAAAUUGUGUAAACAUGUUCUUGAUGAUGAUAUCCAAGUGGAGAUGUCUCUCAGGACAAAAUCUAGUGAACCGUGUUUGUAAUUGGAAAGGGUGUAUGGUGAAAUAGAAGGUAAUUCAUCAUGUGAGAACAGAACACUCAUGAGAGAAUGCAUAUAUAUAUAUAUAUAUAUAUGUAUGUAGGUGCAACUUUUGUUUCUUCGAUUUCGGUGUAAAGCAUGAAAGCAGUAAUAAAACCAGUUACUUACUGGGUUUUCA